GAACUCUCACUAUCGAAUUGCAUAUUUUAAGUAAAAAACAAAAGAAAACAAAACUACUCAGUAAAAAGGCAAUUUGUUUGAAAGCCACGUACGUCUUAGUAGGAAAGAAAGAUAAAUAAAUGUCAAAGGAAGAAAUAGAGACAGAAGAGCAAAAUGGAACAGGUGGAGGUGGUGGUUACUAGGACUGAAAACAAGACAUGGAUUGUGGAAGAGCUAAAGAAGGUCAGCUCCAUGGCUGCUCCAAUGGUGGUUGUAUCCGUUUCACUGUCCCUUUUACCGACAAUUUCACUAAUGAUGGCAGGGCAUCUCGGUAAAUUACCACUUUCCGGCGUCUCAGUUGCCACCUCUUUCACCAAUGCUACUGGCUUCGCCGUCAUAUUUGGAUUUUGUGGUGCUCUAGACACUCUGUGUGGUCAAGCUUACGGAGCAGGCCAAUAUCAAAAAUUUGGAAGCUACACUUACUGUGCAACAAUUUCUCUGGUUCCAAUAUGUCUUCCAAUAUCUAUCUUAUGGAUAUUUAUGGACAAGUUAUUAAUAUUAGUAGGUUUAAACCCUGAAAUAUCAAGGGUAGCCUGCAAAUAUUCAAUUGCUCUUAUACCUGCAUUAUUUGGAUAUGCAAUUGUUCAAUCAUUACUUCGCUACUUCCAGUCUCAAAGCUUGAUUCUACCAACUCUUAUAAGUUCUUGUGCAGCUCUCAGUUUUUACGUACCAAUUUGUUGGGGAUUAAUGUUUAAGUGGGGAUUUGGAUAUUGCGGAGGAGCUAUAGCUGUUGGUUUGGCUUAUUGGUUAAAUGCAAUCUUGCUUACUUGUUACAUUAGAUGCUCUUCUUCAUGUGAGAAAACUCGCAUUCUUUGCUGGAAGGAUGUGUUCUCUAGCUUUAGCACUAUUUGGCGCUUGGCUGUCCCUUCUACUGUAAUGGUGUGUCUUGAGUGGUGGACUUUUGAGCUCCUUAUAUUGCUUGCUGGGCUUCUACCCAAUUCAAAGCUUGAAACAUCUGUUCUAUCUAUUUGCCUUACAACAACAGCCUUGCACUAUUUUUUACAAUACGGAAUCGGUGCUGCAGCGAGUACUCGAGUUUCGAAUGAGUUGGGAUCGGGGAAUCCACUGGCGGCUCGAGCUGUUGUUGGAGUAGUACUAAGCAUUUCACUGACAGAAGCAGUAAUUGUUAGCAUAAUCCUAUUCUGCAUGCGUUGUGUUUUUGGUUAUGCUUACAGCAAUGACAAGGAAGUUGUGGAGUAUGUUAAAAAAGUGACUCCCUUGCUUUCUCUCUCAAUUGUGAUGGAUAGCUUACAAGCUGUACUUUCUGGAAUUGCAAGAGGAUGUGGGCGGCAGCAAAUAGGAGCAUGCAUCAAUCUUGGAGCCUACUAUUUUAUUGGAACUCCAAUAUCGGUUCUGCUAUGUUUUGUUGCUCAUCUUAGAGGAAAGGGUCUUUGGAUUGGAGUAGUCACAGGCUCAACAAUGCAAGUGGCUCUGCUAGCUCUCUUAACUGCUGCUACAAAUUGGCAAAAACAGGCAAGAAUUGCGAAAGAUAGGAUCUUCAAGGGACAAUUGCAGCAAACAGCUGAUGGCAUUGAACUUUGAAGACCGAAAAAAAGAAAAAAAAAAAACAUAUAGCAAGUUUUAACUGUAACUAAUUAAUUCAUGUGGUAGUGAAAUUUCGCUUCAGUUAUUGCAUUUUCAUAAUUCUAUCCUAUCAGUCAGAGGUGGUUCAACUUAAUCUGGUUCCUCUGACCAAAUGCUCACUUCCCUGUAUGCAUUAAGAGGCUUUGAUUUUUUUUAAUUUAUUUUUGAAAAUAUUUAAAUUAACUUUCAUAAUUAUAAUAAUAAUAUCCAUUUCAGUUAAUAUUUUA